CCAACGAUAAUAGGCUCUGCACCACACAGCUUAGCCAAUGAUAGGCUCUGCACUGUUUGGCUCCAGCCAUCCCACACCACCCAGCAUUCCUAGCCGCUGCCCUUGUGCAGUGCCUGCGUGAUGAUCGGCUCGAGCUGAAUCAGGGCAGCCAACCCUCAGUGCUCUUCCUGGGCGAACUUCAGCCUGCUGAUUGGCACAAGAUCUGCCACUUAGAACGAGUCUACUACAUGGCUGGGUCGCCCCUGAGAGCCGAAGACCUGCUGCGUGCCGGAUUGGAGAGCUGCUCCAGCGUCGUCAUCGUUCGCAUGCAUAGUGGAUCUGUGGGCAAGGUGACGAAAAAGGCCGAUGCUCGCGUGGUCCUCGCAGCGACGAUGGCUGCCUACAUGCUUCCCUUUGAGAAAGUUACACCUAUUAUCACGGACCAUUGCUAUCCUGGUAGCUGUGAAUUGCUGCCACCGGAGCGUGUGUUCAUCGAGGAAGGUCCCUUGCUGAGCACGGCAAUGGUAGGCCCCCCGCCGGAGCUGCCGCAAGCGUUGACGGCGAUCUUGAAGGGUACCAAGGCUUUGGCUCGCUCCAUUGGACUGGAUGGGCGGCCACCGCCAAUCAUCGAUGUGGCCAGCCUGGAGAGUGGGAACGUGAACGAGAAGUACGAGGACAUGGAGAUUCACGACAUCAAGUAUCACCCCCGCUACAUGCGUGGGGAGGUCUUCUUCGCCUCGGUGGCCACCGCCAUCGUCGCGUCCUCAAUGUACAAUCCCAACUUGGUGCCCAUGGUGGACAGUCUCAUCGAGGCGCCGAUGUUGAUGAUCGAAGUGCCCAAGGUCUUCUACCAAUCGCGGUACUCGGACUUCGUGCUAUGGCUUUUGAGGGAGCGAUCCUUGUUGGCCUUGGCGCUCUAUCGAAGUGCCGAGGCCUCUCAGUCCGCCCACACGGGCGACUUCCUGGACCAAGCGACGCCCACGCACGACUUCGUCUACACCUGUCCACCAGGCUCUAAAACCUUGCUGGUGAAGAGCGACCGGGUCAUUGUCUCGGCCACGGCGACCGAGAAUUCCAAACCCACGGACGUGGGGACCACCGGCAUGAAGCAGAGGAUGAAAAAGGCCAUUGAGAACAUCUAUGGGCGGAGCGACCCUGCUGCCAUGUAGCUCGUGGAUCUGGUGCAUCGUUCAAGCACGCCAGCGAUACAAGGACCAGCGAAUUCCGACCGACAAGCUGAGUGGAUUGCGCCUGGCAGAGCCGUUGGGAUUCGUGAUGACCAAAACUAUUGAG